AUGGCAUCGACCACAAACAAUUCUUUCACGAAAUUUCCCCGUCGCACUUCUGUCACACCUGCUGCCACUCAGUUCUCUCGUUCAUCGACCGAUGCAGCCACCGGUGGACGAAGCACCUCAUUCAAUCGACGCUCAAGCAGUCAAAAUGCAGAUUCCGGUUUCUCUCCGGCCGAUAAAUUACGACGCAUGUCCAUGUUGUUUUCUAUUGAUAAAACUCGUACACGAGAUGCCAUCCUCGCGGCUUUAGAGGACCCCGCUCGGACGGAAUAUCGACGACUCAAAUACCAGAACGAACAUUUGCUUACCGAAUGGAAACAGUUAAAGAAGUUUAUUGAACAACUACAAACGGACUACGAGUCCUCACGUCAAUUGGAUCCUUUUAGACGAUUCAAACAACUGCAAGCUAUGACUAAAAGAACUGUGAUGCAUUUGCGACUCACUGAAGUGGGAAGCGUGAACACGGAUUCCUCUCUGACCUCGGAGGUUGCACUGCAGGGCAGUGUGGUUCAGAGCGAGGCAAAAGAACGUGAAAUUGAAAAACGCAUCACUCAGCUCUGUGACAGUUCAACUCAGCGAUCAUGUGAAGAGGUCGAAAGGCAAAUGCAAAUGGGCUCAACGUGCAUGAUGCGAGCGCUGAAAGGAAAUCAUGUGACCUAG